AUGGACGAGACGGGCAUGUUUUCGACGGACAAGCUCGGCGAGUACACUGUUAUUGGUGAUAUCGCAGAGGGUACAUUUGGAAAAGUGAAGAUGGCGACACAUACGAUAACGGGACACAAGGUCGCCAUGAAAUACAUCUCCAAAGCCGUCAUCCAGCGCGAAAAGACGAAGACUCGUGUCCGUCGUGAAUUCGAAUACAUGCGCACCCUUCGGCAUCCACAUAUAAUCAAAUUAUACGAGGUCAUCUCAACGCCCACUGACAUCAUCUUCGUGCUCGAAUACGCUGGGGGCGAGCUCUUCAACUACAUCGUCGCCAACGGUCGGAUGUCUGAGCCGCGCGCACGUCGCUUCUUCCAGCAGAUCAUCUCGGGCAUCGAAUACUCUCACCGCCUCAAGAUCGUGCACCGCGACCUCAAGCCAGAGAACGUCCUUCUCGACGACGACCUCAAUGUCAAGAUCGCGGACUUUGGGCUGUCGAAUGAGAUCAGCGAUGGGGACUUCCUGACAACGAGCUGUGGGAGCCCGAACUAUGCUGCGCCUGAGGUGAUUAGAGGAGGCGUGUAUGCGGGCCCGGAGAUCGAUGUAUGGAGCUCGGGGGUGAUUUUGUAUGUCAUGCUUUGUGGGAGGCUGCCGUUCGAAGACGAUGACGUGCAAGUGUUGUUUGCGAAGAUCAGUCAGGGCAAUUUCCACAUGCCUUCGUAUCUAUCGCAGGAUGCACGGUCACUCAUCACGGCGAUGCUCGCCGUCGACCCCGUCAAGCGCAUAACGAUCCCGGAAAUCACGCAACACCCGUUCUUCACGACUGAUUUACCGCGGUAUCUAACACCACUUCCUCCACCUCCUGGACCUGUCUUAGGUACUCUCAGUUCUCUGGUGUCGCCGCCAAAGCAACUAGAUUUCGAGCUCAUAGAGGGGCUGGGCCGGAUCGAGGAGGAUGUUGUAGAUGAACUGGCCAAUCGCAUGAUUGGGGUGGAUAAGGACGAUAUUUGGGAGUGCUUGAGGCGGGACGAUGGUGUGCAGGGCAACGCGGUGAAGGUGGCGUACAUGCUGCUGAGGGACAAGCGGAGGUUGGGAAAAGAUCUUGCAGAGUUCGCAGAGGCAGAACGAGAUGCACAACUUGCUGCGAUGGAUCCGCGAAACGCCAUGUCACCCACUGUCCUCUCACCCGUCGGUGCCGACCUAGAAGAAAACCCCUUCGAAGCCGAGUUCAACGCCGAGUAUGACGAUGACGAAUCACCGGAAGAUGACGAGCUCGACUUCAUCUCUCCACCUCCACCGACCAACCCGGAAGACUACGCCCCACCACAAUUCGCUGUCCUCAACUCCUCCCUCCCCGAACAACUGCCUGAACAACACCACCUUACGUCUUAUGCCUCAGCGAAGAGAUCUGCGGGCCGAGAGAAGAAGCAGCACAAGACGAAGUGGCAUUUCGGAAUCAGGAGUCGGAGCCCGCCGAUGGAGGUGAUGCUGGAGAUCUAUAGGACGCUGAGGACGCUAGGGAUGGAGUGGAAGGAAAAGAAGAAUUUGGGUGGGUUGGGUGGGUUGAAGGCGAAAGGACAGGGAGGGAGAAUCGAGAGGAAUAGGGAUAUGGAUGGGAGUGGGGGUGUUGACUUGAAGGCUGCGUCGAGCAUUUAUUUCGUGGAAACGAGGGCAAGGGUGCAGGAUGUCGUGGUCUUGAUGAACCUCCAACUCUACAUGGUCGACUCGAUCAACUACCUCGUCGACUUCCACCACAAGAAGACCUACAGGGCAUCGACGGACCCGAAUGCUGGCAAGUUCGACAUGGCCGUGUUCGAUCCCAUCUUCACGGCCAGCGAGACCAGCAGCGAGAGCGGGCGGUCGCUGAAGGAGAAGGAUGGCUCGAUGAUGAAAGAGGACGAGGUGGUCUCGCCGUUUGUGUUCAUGGAUGUUGCUUGUCGGUUGAUUUUAGAGCUGGCGGGUGGGGGUGAGUAG